GACUGACUGAAGCUGAGCAAGAGGAGAAUACAGGACGGAGGAAGGGGCCGUUGUACAAAAGAUGAUGCUUCUGGAGCUACUGAACUAUGAUUGUGUUUCUACGUACAAAGCCCUAGGAAGCUAGCGGGGAGGCAGAGAAACUCUGAAUCUGAAAUGCUCUGAGAUGAUUUUUCUAACAGUGCCUAGAAACCACCGCUUGGCGCGGGUCCUGCGCGGGGUUAAGGAAUCCAAGGGAGCGCCGGCUGAAACUCGCAGCGCGGCAUCCCGCACUUUGAGCUUCGAUGGUGAUCAUGGCAGGGACGGUGAUGCUGGCGUACUACUUCGAGUACACCGACACGUUCACCGUGAACGUGCAGGGCUUCUUCUGCCACGACAGCGCCUACCGCAAGCCCUACCCGGGCCCGGAGGACAGCAGCGCCGUGCCCCCCGUGCUCCUCUACUCGCUGGCCGCCGGGGUCCCCGUGCUCGUGAUAAUAGUGGGAGAAACCGCAGUGUUUUGCCUACAACUGGCCACACGGGAUUUUGAAAACCAGGAGAAAACUAUUUUAACUGGAGAUUGUUGCUAUAUAAACCCACUGGUGCGGCGAACUGUACGAUUUCUGGGUAUUUAUGCGUUUGGGCUCUUUGCUACCGAUAUUUUUGUAAACGCCGGGCAGGUGGUCACAGGGAAUCUGGCUCCACAUUUUCUUGCCCUGUGUAAGCCCAACUAUACGGCUCUUGGAUGUCAGCAGUAUACACAGUUCAUCAGUGGGGAAGAGGCCUGCACGGGCAACCCAGAUCUCAUCAUGAGAGCCAGGAAGACGUUCCCAUCCAAAGAAGCGGCUCUCAGCGUCUAUGCAGCCAUGUAUCUGACAAUGUACAUUACCAACACAAUCAAAGCCAAAGGAACAAGACUUGCUAAGCCCGUUUUAUGUUUGGGCUUAAUGUGUUUGGCCUUUCUUACUGGACUCAACAGAGUAGCAGAAUAUCGAAAUCAUUGGUCGGAUGUGAUAGCAGGCUUUCUGGUUGGAAUAUCUAUAGCAGUAUUUCUGGUUGUGUGUGUGGUAAAUAAUUUCAAAGGAAGACAACCAGAAAAUGAACAUAUACACAUGGAUAAUCUGGCACAGAUGCCAAUGAUCAGCAUUCCUCGAGUAGAAAGUCCCUUGGAAAAGGUAACAUCUGUACAGAACCAUAUCACCGCCUUUGCAGAAGUCACAUGAUAGUGAAGCAGAUGGUUUGUCACUGCAUUGGACAUCGUCCCUGUUCACCGUCCACUCAUAACACCCAAAGUUUGUUUGAUUACAACAGAAGUUUAUGAAGUUGUCUAAUAAUUUUUAUAAUUUUAAAAUCAGUGUCAACUCAUCUGUUUCCCCCACUAGACUGUGAGCUCCUCAAGGGCAGGACUGUGUCUUUCUUCUCUGUAUCCCCAGCACCUACAACAAAGCCUCGCACAAAGUAGGUGUUAAAUAAAAUGUGAUGACCCAAUGAAAAGAUUAAUUCUUAAAUAAAACACUCAUAUUAGUCUCUCGCAGAAUCACCGAUAACUAUGUGAAAAUAAAUUUACACAAGUCAUCUUGUAUAAGAAAUCCCUCCAAUUGCAGCUAGUUAAGUUUUUUAGUUGUUCGUAGAUCUAUUCAGCAGUAUACCACAUUUCAUUUGAAGUGGACUUUGAAAGUCAUGGGGGUUUUAUGUUAUUAUUCAGCAUGACAUUAUUUCCAUUCUAACAGAUUUCAGUGUGUGAAAUUACUUUACUUUUAGAAGGUACAAUGUUCUAUACUAAAAUAAUGUUUGCACAUAAUAUUAUGCUAUAUUUCACUUAAAUUACCAUUCAUACUAUACAUUCUAAGACUGGUGCUUCUGCUUUUGAAGGGGAAAAUGCCAAUUUUUACUGUAAUAAGUAAUGUAUCAUAAUUAAAAAUUAUUUAUUUGGA